AUGGAGAACCACGAGCUCGCCUGUGACUGUGCUCGCUGUGUCCCAACUCAAGAACUUCUUGAGCAGCAUAUCACCAUUGGUCAAUGGACCACCAAAAUCGAGCUUUUUCUUCUGCGCAAGUGUCAGGAGACCCGCAUUCUGUGCACACUGCAGAACGCUUCUGAAAUCCCUGGUCUGAAUUUCAAGUUUGGAUUUGAUGCCAAACGUUACGAGAUCAAGGAGCGCACCGAGGUGAAUGCCGCUUUACUCGGCAUCUUGGAACGUAAGGUGAAUGGUACUUCCGUGUUCAGUAUCCUCGAGUUCCAGAUUGUUCUAGCUGCUUGGAAGGUUCAUGCGCGGCACCGCCCUGUUACUAGUCUCUGGGAACCUGCUCCUGACCUCUGGUCCUCUGCUCCUACUCUCUGGUCCCCUGCUCCUGCUCUCUGGUCUAGCUUCUUAAUCCAGGCCAUGCGUGAAUAUACCACCGUUGGUUUCCGGGAUGCCUACCGUGAUGCUAUUGCCGAAUUAAUCCAUUGCCGUGGCCCCCGUGUCUUGUCACCUGAUGUGAUAGUCCACAUGUUGCUCAAGCACAAGGUUCCUACUGCGAUGGAAACCAUGUUCAAGAUCCACCCUCAGGGAACCUUCCGCAGCAAAUUCGGUCACACCAUCUUUUACUCCCAAGCCAAUCAGUUGCUUCCUCAAGAUGACCUCCGUGUCAUCAUCAAGGAAGAGGAUGAUGGUCCCUCCGCUCCCAUCGGAAAAGAGAAGACGGACCCCUCUUCUUGCCCCUCUUCUUCCUUUGCAGGAUAUGAUAAUGAUCGACGUUCGGAUACCGUGGAAACCGAGUAUCACUCUCCUAAGCGUCCCUACGACGAAGAAGACGACGUUGGGUACAAGCGUUUCCGCAAGAACGACAAAGAGCAGACUCUCAACAAUGCCCCCCUGAAGGUCGAGAUUGCGGCUCUUCGUGCACGCUUGAACAGCCUCGAAAGAUCUGUUCGCGGUCGCCCGUCCUUGAUGCCGUCUACCCAGCCUGACCUUAGUACCGAACUGCGCAGUCAUUUCGAGACCGACAUUGCUCGCGUCGAGGCUCGUCAGGAUGCUCUGAUCAAUGCCGUUAACGACUUGACCAGGAAAUUCCGCGAAUAA